UCAAAGGGACCAAUAUUAAGUAUUGUAGUGAUGAACAAAUGACGUUACGCCACGUGGCAGUAGAGUAAUCUUGAUUCUGUGGCAGUUAGAGAUGGAAAUGGAAAGGCCAAUCUUCAAGACACAAAUUUUAUGGUGCAAACGAAAUGACUCCUUACUAUAAGUCCUAUCUUCCACACUCUCUCUUCUCCUCAGAAAUUCUCAAAAAACCCAAAAAAAGUAACACUCUUUGCUAAUCUUUUUAGUGUUCUAGCCAUCCUCCCCAUCGGAUCUCGUCGCCCGUUGGAUUGAUAUGGCUACUGCUGUCUCGACCGUUGGAGCUGCCACCAGGGCACCUUUGAACUUGAAUGGGUCAAGCGCAGGGGCAUCAGUCCCAACAUCAGGUUUCUUGGGGAGCAGCUUAAAGAAGCAUACAAAUGUUAGAUUCCCAAGCAGCUCCAGGACAACCUCAAUGACCGUCAAGGCCGCCGAGAAUGAGGAGAAGAACACCGACAAAUGGGCUCAUUUGGCUAAGGACUUUUCUGAUGACCAACUUGACAUCCGUAGGGGUAAGGGUAUGGUUGACAGUCUCUUCCAAGCUCCUGCUGAUGCCGGUACCCACGUUCCCAUUCAGAGUUCCUUUGAAUACGAGAGCCAAGGUCUUCGAAAGUACGACAUUGACAACAUGUUGGGUGACUUCUACAUUGCCCCUGCCUUUAUGGACAAGCUUGUUGUUCACAUCACCAAGAACUUCUUGAACUUGCCCAACAUCAAGAUACCACUCAUCUUGGGUGUUUGGGGAGGCAAGGGUCAAGGUAAAUCCUUCCAAUGUGAGCUUGUGUUCGCCAAGUUAGGAAUCAACCCCAUCAUGAUGAGUGCCGGAGAAUUGGAAAGUGGAAAUGCAGGAGAGCCAGCUAAGUUGAUCAGGCAAAGGUACCGUGAGGCAGCAGACUUGAUUGCUAAGGGUAAGAUGUGUGCUCUAUUCAUCAACGAUCUGGACGCCGGUGCUGGACGUAUGGGAGGCACCACCCAAUACACCGUAAACAACCAGAUGGUUAACGCCACACUCAUGAACAUUGCUGACAACCCAACCAAUGUCCAACUCCCUGGUAUGUACAACAAGCAGGACAAUGCCCGUGUCCCCAUCAUUGUUACUGGUAACGAUUUCUCCACCUUGUACGCUCCCCUUAUCCGUGAUGGUCGUAUGGAGAAGUUCUACUGGGCUCCCACCCGUGAGGACCGUAUUGGUGUCUGUACCGGUAUUUUCAAGACUGACAAAGUUCCUGCAGAACACGUUGUUAAGCUCGUUGACGCCUUCCCUGGACAAUCUAUCGACUUUUUCGGAGCGUUGAGGGCUCGUGUAUACGACGAUGAAGUAAGGAAGUGGGUUAAUAGUGUAGGAGUGGACAAUGUAGGAAAGAAGCUGGUGAACUCAAAGGAUGGACCACCAGUGUUUGAGCAACCAGAAAUGACCUUACAAAAGUUGAUGGAGUACGGAAACAUGCUUGUGCAAGAGCAAGAGAAUGUCAAGAGAGUCCAACUUGCUGACCAGUACAUGAGCUCGGCUGCACUUGGUGAUGCCAACAAAGAUGCCAUUGACAGAGGAACUUUCUUCGGCAAAGCAGCUCAGCAAGUAAGUUUGCCAGUUGCUCAAGGUUGUACAGACCCUGAGGCCAAAAACUAUGAUCCAACUGCAAGGAGUGAUGAUGGGAGCUGCACGUACAAUUUGUAGGUCUUACUCAAUUUGUUGCAAUGGAUAUGAGAAAAAGGGGAACAAGUUUUAGUUAAUUUGGCUCUCUUAAUUAGAGGGAUUAUUAUUCCACUUCGUAUACUUUGCCUAUUUUUUUUCUUUUUUAAUUUUUGUCUGUUGGUGAGUUGUUUGUCCUGUAAUUUUGUGUUGGAAUUCACCAUCAUCUUGUUUGUGGAAUUGAUAAUUUGGGUUUUGGUUAUACCCUUUUCUCAUCA